UCAUUGAGAUCUUCCGGUUCGGACUUGGUUCUUCUUAAAGCCAAAUGCAAGGAAUUUUGUUGCUGGGGAAGAACUCCCUGGCCGCCCUGCAGCCUCGCCCUGCAGACUCGCUGUACAACCGUCAGCAAAUCAGAAAAAUCCUCGCAAUCGUCGCCAGGUAGGUGUGCAGAAAUCCAGCCAAUCAGCUUCGCCAAUACUGGAGCAAGCGCGGGGAGCACAGACAGACCUAGUGACAGCAUCUAGGUCCCGUGGAAGAUCAUCACGGAGCCUCGGUGGAUAAUAUCUGCAGCGCAGACAAAAUGCCAAACAAAACCAAGAAGGAGAAGGAAACGGGCAAAUCUGCAAAGAGCAGCAAGAGCAGCAGCAGCGGGAAGGAUGCCGCCUCUGAGAACUCUGAUGAGGGCAACUGCAAGCGCAACAGCAACAGCACACCCCCUCCCACCCAGCUCAACAAGAUCAAGUACUCUGGAGGCCCCCAGCUGGUGAAGAAGGAGCGGCGCCAGAGCUCGUCCCGCUUCAGCCUGACCAGGAACCGGGAGCUGCAGAAGCUGCCCGCCCUUAAAGAUGCCCCCCCUGUGGAGCGGGAGGAGCUGUUUGUGCAGAAGCUGCGUCAGUGCUGCGUGCUCUUCGACUUUGUCAGCGACCCGCUCAGCGACCUCAAGUACAAGGAAGUGAAGAGGGCGGGGCUUAACGAAAUGGUGGAGUACAUCACGCACAACAGUGACGUGCUGACGGAGGCCAUCUACCCUGAGGCCGUCAUUAUGUUUUCGAUGAACCUAUUCCGGACGCUGCCCCCCUCCUCCAAUCCAACCGGAGCAGAGUUCGACCCUGAGGAAGACGAGCCCACUCUGGAGGCAGCCUGGCCCCACCUGCAGUUGGUGUACGAGUUCUUCCUGCGCUUCCUCGAGUCCCCAGACUUCCAGCCAAACAUUGCCAAAAAGUACAUCGACCAAAAGUUUGUUUUGUCGCUCCUGGAGCUGUUCGACAGCGAAGACCCUCGAGAGAGAGACUUCCUGAAGACCAUUCUGCACCGCAUCUACGGCAAGUUCCUGGGCCUGCGUGCCUACAUCCGCCGCCAGAUCAACAACAUCUUCUACAGUUUCAUCUAUGAAACGGAGCAUCACAAUGGCAUCGCUGAACUGCUGGAGAUUCUGGGCAGCAUCAUCAAUGGCUUUGCUCUGCCGUUGAAAGAAGAACAUAAGAUGUUUCUGAUCCGAGUUUUGUUGCCCCUUCAUAAAGUCAAGUCGCUGAGCGUGUACCACCCUCAGCUGGCAUACUGUGUGGUCCAGUUCUUGGAGAAGGACAGCAGUCUGACGGAGCCUGUGAUAAUGGGUCUGCUAAAGUUCUGGCCCAAAACCCACAGUCCAAAGGAGGUGAUGUUCUUGAACGAGCUCGAAGAGAUUCUGGACGUCAUUGAACCCUCGGAGUUUGUGAAAGUCCAGGAGCCACUCUUCAGACAGCUCGCCAAGUGUGUUUCCAGCCCACACUUCCAGGUGGCAGAGAGAGCCCUGUACUACUGGAACAAUGAGUACAUCAUGAGCCUGAUUAGUGACAAUGCUGCCAAGAUCCUCCCCAUCAUGUUCCCCGCCCUCUACAAGAACUCAAAGAGCCACUGGAACAAAACCAUCCAUGGGCUGAUCUACAACGCCCUGAAGCUCUUCAUGGAGAUGAACCAGAAGCUGUUUGAUGACUGCACACAGCAGUACAAAGCUGAGAAACAGAGAGAGAAGUACAAGCUGAAGGAGCGUGAUGAGAUCUGGCAGAAAAUUGAAGUAUUGGCCCAACAGAACCCUCAGAGUCAGAAGCUCCGCCCACUCCGUUGUGGACUUCACCCACAGGAGGAGUUCAUGCUGUUUGGGGACGGUGGUGUGGGGGUGUUCUCCAUGGAGACGGACACCCCGACCGCUGAGGACAUUCAGCUGCUAAAGAAGACGGUGGAGAGCGAGGCGUCGCAGGGUCUGAAGGAUCUGAAGAAGGAUAAGGUCCUGAUGAGGAGAAAGUCGGAGCUGCCGCAGGAUGUGUACACCAUCAAAGCCCUGGAGGCUCACAAAAGGGCAGAGGAGUACCUGACAGCCAAUCAGGAGGCUCUCUGACCAGAAGGUGUGGCCACAACAAACAAAGAGCUCUUUCCUCCUGCCUGCUCUGGCACAGAGGUCCUCACCAAUGUGGAAAGUCAAACGAGGCCAGAGGUGAUGCUGUACUCAAAGACAAACUGACACCAGGCUCAGCUCCACCCGCUGCAGGCCGAUAACCAGUGAGACACUUAGAAGUUCAGUCCUCCACGUCUGUCUGAAGUGUUUGGACGCUCCACUGUGAGUGGACAUUCUUCCUGUGCUGCACUCACCCACCACACCUCACCGCCAUUUUCAGCUCGCAGCAGGUUCCUGAACGCCUCGUCAGCUGUGCACGACCUUCAUGCUUCCAUUGUGAAUGUUUCCUGUGCUUGCUGGAGCUCGGUGUGUUCAGGGAUGCCCCGUUUCUGGGUGUGUGCUCCUGCUGGUAUCCCAGGAUGCCUCAUCGGACCGUCGUCCCUCACAGCCACAGAGAUGAGCAGCACCAAACAUUGUGAGGAACAAUCUGCAGGUUCUGAUCUGAUAUAGACGACUGUGAACGCACCAUUAGUCGUGCUGCUGUUGUGGGAAUCUCGCUGCGUGUGCCCUGUCUUGCUACUCCUGAACGCAGAGGUGGGGUUCCACAAAAGCCCCCACAUGACGAGAUAUCAGCUGAGGGACGGACGGAGUAAGACCACGAAAAAGGAGGUACAAUGAAUGUGAACCUACUCAGCAGUGGAAGAACUAAGGUGACUGGGGACAGGUGGGGUGCUCCUAGAGUCCCAGACCACAUGUUAGCAUCUACAUAGCCCCGCCCUCAACAAACCACAGCCUUCUUCAGCUCCUCUGUGGUGGCAGCUCUUCCUGCUCUCUGUGGGAGUAUCCUUUACAGCUGCCAAUCAAAAUCAGUGAACAUUCCGGUGGGUAAGAUAGCCCCGCCCUCUUUCCUCCUAUACUGCUGGACAAGAUGACCGCCUGAUAUUUGCUAAGAUGUAAACAUAGGUUGUGUCGGAAUUCCCACCCUAACCUCUAACUAAAACACUAUGUAGUGCCCUGAAUUUUAAAAGCUAUUCUGACACAAUGCUUAAUUUUUAUUUUAUUUUUUUAAAGUUAGCAUUGAUGCACACUGGUUUUUUGCAGAGACUUGUAAGAAAUUUCCAGGGCACUUGACUUUGGAAUUUUAGAUUUGGACAGCACUACAAAAUGGUAAACACUACAUAGGGUUUAGGGUGGGAAUUCGGACACAACCAAGGAGUGACUUGAACAGAACCUCAUCCCAGCAGCCACUAAACAGAACUAAAGUGGGUCUCUCGCCCAGUCACAGGUUUUUAUGUACAGAAUCAAAUAAAUCUGCUGCCCACAGACACUGACUCGUUUGUCCUUUACACAACUUCAUAUCCUGCUGUUCUGUUCUGAAAUAAAAACUCAGUAUCAGCA